GUUCGGUUGUGCCUGGAAAUUAAUAGAACGGAGAAAAAUUCGAAACGCGAAAACGGAGAAGAGAAGCAGUUGCCGAAGGAUAAUCACACAGUUUAGCUGGGAGUAAAUAGGAAAGUUACAGAGUUUUCUGAAAUUGAGAGAGUCUGCGCACAAUCUCAAAUUAAAUAAGUUUUUCGAGCCGAUGUGACAACAAGUGAGAAAAAGGCACGGAAAAUAAAAGUGCAAUGAGGAAGUGACGAGCAAAUGCAUGGUGUUCAAAUAGUAUACAUAUGUUUGUUUGUAUGUAUGUACUUAAGUAAAUGUACAUAUAUAUUUUAUAUACCAUCAAGUGAUGAUUACUACUACAGUGUUUUGUAUUCAUGUAUGAGUAGAAUCAGGAUUGCAGUGAUAACAUUUUCUAAGCAUGUGUAUGUAAAUACAUAUAUACAUAUACAUAUACAUACAUAUGCAUAUGCACUUACGAGAAUAUAGUUAAAUAAAAAAAGGCAGGAAACAUAAAAGCGCAAGCAUACAGUGAAUUAAAAGUACGUGAGUGUUAUGUAUGAGUAGAAUUGAAAAUUAAGAAAUAAAAAACAUAAAUAUGAAGUGGAAACACGAUGCAUGAAAACCCGACGCUCCAGCAUCAACGCGAAAGACAACGAUUGAGAUUCAAAGCCGCAACUUGAGGUGUUCCCAUUGCUUUUGUCGCAUGUGGUAUAUACAAGUGUUGAAAGAAUACUUAAUUUCGAUUAAGUUUUUUCUUAUAAAUUUUCAAAUUUUGUGCAUAAAAUAUUAGGCAUUAAUAGCAAAAAAUGCAGUUAUAAAUAAAAGUAAAAGGUGAAUUUAAAAGUGUAUGCAACAGAGUGGAUACUCAGUGGACAGUUGACUGUCACUUACGGUUAAGAAAACAUGUCGGGAUAUAUUUAUGCAUAAUGAAAUUUGCUGACUUGGAAACAUAGAUGCUACAAUAAUAAGUAAUAUUAUGUUGGACUUAAGUAAAGCAGCUGGAAGGAGAAAGCACUGAAACGAAAAAAUUAUGAAGCAAAUAAACAACGAUGCAAAUAACAAUCAAUAAACCACCCACUCCCGUCAAACAUCACACAGUCUUACUCUAAAACACAUCGAGAAGUUUUUACAAAAAACGUAAUAGAAAUCAGUAAAUGAGCAUGAAAAAUAAGCUUUACGAAUUUUGUUUUGUGUUUAUAAAGAAUGUACAUUAUUCAUACUUGUGUGUAUAUAAGCAAAAUUAAAAUUAGUGUAAAGUAAUUUAAAUAAAUCCGCAAAAAAAGUAAAUAAUUAAAGUGAAAAGGCAGCGACAAAGUGCAAUAUAAUAAGAAGGCAUAUACAUAUAUAUAUAUACUUCAAAAUGAACUGGAAAAUGAAUAUUCCCAAGGAUGUAUAAAAGAUGUGAUGGAAAGCCCGACUCUUUAUAAAAAUGGGGUUGCAUUGCCUUUUUAAGGCUAUUUUGAUUGCGUACGUCAUUAAAGCUGAUUUAAUCAUAAUCGCAAGUGGACUAGACCUACAAGGACCGAUAUUUCUUCAUGAGCCGCCGCAUCGCAUCGAGUUUUCAAAUAAUACUGGUGGUUUAGUAGAAUGCUCUGGUCAUGGAAGUCCACCACCGGAGGUGGAAUGGACCCCGAUUCCUCCGCAGCAGGACAUGGUAUUUACACUCUCAAACGGAAGUCUUAUGUUUUAUCCUUUUUCUGCGGAAAAAUACAGACAUGAAGUGCAUGCCACAGUCUACAGAUGUAAAUUACGUAAUCUGGUCGGAACAAUACUCAGCAGAGAAGUACACGUUCGCGGAGUUGUCAACCAAAAAUACACGGUGCAGGUGCAUGACGAAUACGUGAUGACUGGGAAUACGGCGGUACUGAAAUGUCAGGUGCCUAGUUAUAUGUCGGAGUUUGUGAUGGUGACGGCAUGGGUGCAGGAUACGGGAAUGCACCUUUACCCUAACACAGACAUCGGCGGAAAAUACACAGUUCUAUCUAACGGAGAGUUAUACAUAAAUAAUGCGGGACCAAAUGAUGCAUUUAAGAGCUACACUUGUCGCACUGUGAAUCGACUGACAGGUGAAAUUCAAAUAUCUACAUAUCCAGGAAGAAUAAUAGUCACAGAACCGAAGGGAAUGGUGCAACCGCGUAUAAAUGUCGAAAAACACUCACUGCGCCAUGUGGUGCUUAACGGUCAAACGACAUUACCUUGUAUUGCUCAGGGUCAUCCGGUGCCAACUUAUCGCUGGUUCAAGGAGGAAAACGAACAACUGCUGCCCCUGCAACUAAGUGAGCGUAUUACAAUUGUUUCAGCCGGAUUGCUUAAAAUAGCAAAGGCCCGCCUAGAAGAUAGCGGUAAAUAUCUUUGUUGGGUAAACAACACUGCCGGCGAGGAAACCAUACAAGUGUCUUUAACCGUAACGGCGCCACUUACAGCUCAUCUGCAACCUCAGGUACAAACAGUUGAUGUUGAUAAAGACGCACAAUUUCAGUGUAUUGUGUCCGGACAUCCGGUUCAUGAUGUGAAUUGGUUGCACGACGGCAAACCAAUAUUGCGCGACAAUCGAGUUGAGAUAUUAACUGAUCCUCCAAGACUGAUAAUUAAAAAAGUGCAAAAAGAUGAUCCUGGGAUGUAUCAAUGUUUUGUUUCGAAUGAAUGGGAACAGAUUCAGUCGACGGCUGAAUUACAACUUGGAGAUGCCUCUCCAGAAUUGCUUUAUUGGUUUUCGGAGCAAACAUUGCAACCUGGACCGACUGUGUCAUUAAAAUGCGUAGCAACAGGAAAUCCGCUGCCACAAUUUACAUGGUCGCUAGAUGGGUUUCCGAUUCCAGACAAUUCAAGGUUUUUAGUUGGACAAUAUGUAACUAUUCAUGAUGACGUUAUAAGUCAUGUGAACAUAUCAAACGUUAAAGAGGAAGACGGAGGCGAGUAUGCUUGUACUGCCCAAAACUCCAUAGGAAAAGUAUCUCACAGUGCCAAAGUGAAUAUCUACGGACUUCCAUAUAUUAGAGAAAUGCCAAAAAUAACGGGAAUAUCGGGUUCUGAUUUGGUUGUAACGUGUCCAGUUGCUGGUUAUCCGAUCGACAAAAUUCAUUGGGAACGUGAUGGCCAAACACUGCCCAUAAAUCGCAGACAGCGCGCCUACAAUAAUGGAACACUUAUUAUUGAACAACUUCAGCGACUUGAAGAUGCGGGAACUUACACAUGCAUGGCCCAGAAUAAACAGAAACAAACCUCGCGACGCAACGUGGAAAUUCAAGUUCUUGUUCCUCCGAAAAUAAUGCCAAUCCAAGCAAUGACCAAUAUGUUGCGCGAGGGAAUGCGGGCUGCGAUUUCAUGUCAGAUACUCGAGGGUGAUUUACCAGUUAGCUUUCGGUGGGAGCGUAAUGGUAAACCGUUAAUAGGAACCGGGAACGAAGUCUUCCGCCGAUUAGAUGAGUAUUCUGCUAGCUUGGUAAUUGAGCACAUUACAUCUGAACAUUCAGGCAACUAUACAUGUAUUGCCAGUAACGUUGCCGGUAUGGAGCGUUUCACGGUACCGCUAACAGUCAAUGUUCCUCCAAAGUGGGUAUUGGAACCCAAGGAUUCAAGUGCUCAAGCUGGACAAGAUGUUUUGUUGCAUUGUCAGUCUUCCGGCUAUCCAAAACCAACGAUUACGUGGAAAAAAGCCAUUGGUCCUACACCAGGAGAAUACAAAGACUUCCUCUACGAGCCAACAGUUCAAUUAUUUCCAAAUGGUACCAUAUACUUUAAGAAAAUUAGCAAAGAGUCACAAGGUCACUUUCUCUGUGAAUCAAAAAAUAACAUAGGAUCAGGUGUAAGCAAAGUAAUCUUCUUGAAAGUGAAUGUACCCGCGCACUUUCAAACAAAAACAAAGCAAAUCUCAGUCGCAAAAGGUAAGCAGGUACACAUUCAGUGUAACGUUCAGGGGGAUAACCCCAUCGACAUCAAAUGGAAAAUACAAGCCACGCAGCAGUAUUUGGACGAAUCACUCGACUCCAGGUACACAAUUCGAGAUCAAGUGUUGGACGACGGGAUGGUUUCAGAACUGGGAAUUUCACAUACAUAUCGUCAAGAUACCGGAAUAUACAUAUGCCAAGCCAGCAAUGCCUUUGGGCAGGAUGAAAUGUCUAUUCAGUUAAUUGUACAAGAAGUUCCAGAACAGCCAAAAAAUCUUCGUAUAAAUUCCCAGCAAUCACGCAGCCUACAGCUAACAUGGAGUCAGCCCUUUGCUGGAAAUAGCCCCAUUGAAGGAUAUCACAUCUAUUACAAGCAAAUUUCUGAUAUUUGGCAGAAUGCUGAACAUAUCACAAUUACCGGUGGUCAAACAGUUGUCAAUAUACAGAACUUGCGACCCGCUAAGGCAUAUCAUUUUCGAAUGACUUCUGAAAAUAAAUUGGGUGCAUCUGAGUAUUCGGAAGUUGUACAAGUAACUACACUAGAAGAAGUACCCUCUGGACCACCGUUGAAUGUGCGCGCUGAAGCGAAAAGUUCCACUGAAAUAUCUGUCACUUGGGAUGCACCAGAACGUGACCACUGGAACGGAAUCUUGCUUGGCUACUAUGUUGGAUAUCAAAUGUCGUUAUCACCAGAAGACAAGGAAGUGAAUCCCACCCAAGGAUUUAGUUUCAAAACUGUGGAAGUGCGUUCUCAUUUCGGAGGAGAAACAGUAUUGAGUAACCUAAACAAAUAUACUCAAUACCAUGUAAUUGUACAGGCGUACACAAGUCAAGGCAGCGGACCACCAAGCAGAGAAAUUGCCGUGCAAACAAUGGAAGAUGUGCCUUCAUCACCUCCAGAAAGUCCCCAAUGCGACGUACUCGGAUCCACUUCAAUAUAUAUAACAUGGUCACCUCCAGAUGUAGACGGACAAAACGGCAAGAUUAAGGGAUACAAAGUAUUCUAUAUAUCUGUUAAUGAACUGUACGAAACUGAUCCAGAGGUUGUAAAGUCGACAAACCAGUACGUUACGAUUGAAACUUUGCGAAAAUAUACCAACUAUACGGUUUGGGUGCUUGCUUACACUAAAGUGGGCGAUGGCAUGAAGACGAAGCCCUUUUACUGUCGUACACAUGAAGAUGUGCCUUCUGCGCCGCAAGCUAUUAAAGCGAUACCCGCUUCCAGCACUAAAAUACUCAUUUCAUGGCUGCCACCAGAAUUUCCUAAUGGAGAUAUUACUGGCUACACUUUCUAUAUGUCCAUGCUUGAGGGUGGUCGGGAGGAAGGUACACAUAAACGUAUACUUGGUCCAUUUGUCGAAAUGCAUGAAACUCAACGCACCCAGGAAUCAGCUACGUAUCAGUUCUGGCUUACUGCGUCCACAAAGAUUGGAGAAGGUGAGAAGACUCAAGUUGUGACAGUGCCACCCAACAACAAAGUUCCCGCACGCAUUGUGUCAUUUAGUCAACGUUUAAUAAGCCCUUGGAAAGAAAACCUAGAGUUACCUUGUCGUAAAGUUGGCUCUCCAGCACCAGUGACGAUUUGGAGGCAAGACGGUCAUAAUAUGGAUACAAAUUCACGUAAAGUGAUUGCGAAAAACGGCACCCUGUAUAUACGUGAGUGUCAAGCUGGCGAUGCUGGUAAUUAUACGUGUAGUGUCGAAAAUACUUGGGGAAAGGAUGAGAUUAUUUAUAACAUUAUUAUAAAAGUGCCACCCGAAGCACCUAAUCUGACAGUAGUGAAUAGCUACACAGAUAGCUUACAUCUUGAGUGGAUGGACAAUAGUCACGGCGGAAGUCCGAUACUCGGCUAUGUGAUAAAUUACAAACGGGAAAAUGGUGAUUGGGAGGAGUUGCAGGUUGAUGCCAAAACUAGUUCUCAUUUGUUAACUAAUUUGUGGUGUGGCACACGAUACCAGCUGUAUAUAACUGCAUAUAAUAAGAUUGGAACAGGAUUGCCAUGUGACAUUGUGAAUUCGUUCACAAAAGGAAAUCCACCAGUCCAACCGAAACAUUCCCAAAUGAUUACAAAUAAUUCAACCAGUGUCACCUGUUGGCUGGACUCGUGGGGUGAUGGAGGCUGUGGGAUCUUAUACUUCAUGAUUGAGUCACGUGUGUUUGGAAGAUCCCAGUGGAAUAUCAUUUCAAAUCAUAUUCCUCCGACAGAGCGGAUCUAUACGGUUAGUGAUUUAAUUCCUGGUACAAAGUAUCAAUUAAAGGUCACGGCUCACAAUAACGCUGGUUCUACCACGGCAGUUUAUAAUUUUACAACUCUUUCUCCACAAGGAGUUAUUUAUUCAAUAGAUCACGCCAAUCCGGUAUCCCAUAUGAGUGACAGCCCCUUCUACGCGAACUUUAAGGUUCUAAUACCUGUAUGUCUUUCGAUGUUUAUGCUUUUAGGAAUUAUUGCAGCCGUUCUACUUAUUCGAAAAAGAAAAAUUGACAAUCAAGCACGAUUGGCUUCUUCCUCGAUGUCAGAGUCCCCAUCUUUAGCCAAUUUGCAAAAUAAACAAAAUCGGGAUCAACAGUACCUGGCCGUACGCUGUAAUCCAGGUAGUGGACCGCCUCGCGGGUCUCAUUCUAACGACUCAGGCAGCUUUGGAAAAGCCGAGGGCAAUGAAUAUAUAGAAGAUAUUUGUCCUUAUGCAACAUUCCAACUGAAUAAACAAACAUAUAGCGAAAGCUCCUAUAGCGGUAAUGUGUACAGUGGCCCAUAUCAUUCAGUACGUGGAUCAUUUGUUUAUCAUGAUGUAAAGCCAGAGACUUACCACUCGAAGGAACCGGAAUAUACAAAGGUGCGACGAAAAGUGGGGCGCUUACGGGAUCCACAUUCGGAAAGUCAAGAAUCGGACAAUCCAGGUUCAACAGAUUCCGAAGUUAGGAAAAUCCUAACACUUCACAUACCAAUUACAGAAUAUGACACACUAGGAUCCGAGUCCGACAACGACGUGUCUGCCCGCGCAAUGAAUUCAGCGAAGUACCGUGCGCAACGGGAUACGCAAGAUGAAACAUCUUCGUCAUCAGAGACAACACCAACAAGUUUGUCAAGAAAAUCCAAGCCACCAUUUGCAGCUCGCAAAAGCGGUAAGACAGGAACAAGUGGCAAACGUCACGUAAGAAGUUCCAGUGGGUAUUCGAGUCACAACGAAGAAACUACAUUUAGCAUAUCCAACUAUCCACCAAAUUAUCAAGACCAUAUAAAUCCACCUGCACGAUUUUCCGACUCCAAUGACAAAUCGAAAUCUCAAACAUCACCACGAGUACGGGGCAAUCAGAAACUUCAAAGAGAAGCUUUUCAAAUAAAUGUAUAACAAGAACACAGUAAUAUACUUGUUAACAGUAAACACAUCAAAUUUUAAAACAGAAAAUGCGAUGUUUAAGUAUGUCACCCCGCACAGCGCCAAAAACUAAGACACAAAGUCAAAACCAAAAUAUUUGUGUAUUCGUGGAUGAACUCGAAUUCGAACAGAAACCACAGAAACCGAAAUUUACUUUUACACAUUAUUCUUUGACAAUUUUCAUGGCAAUCAAAAAUUUAUUAGCGUUUCUUUGACUUCAUUUGCUUAUCAUUUAUAUAAAACUGAAAUUAUUGCAAAACAAAGAGUACAUAAUAUAUCAACUAAAAAGCGAAUGCAUGUUCUCAUACAUACUCGUACAAAAAAUAUACAAUAUAUUAUUUUUACACCAUGCUUUUAAUGCGAGAAAAUUACUUGCGCUUUCUAAUAUGAAAAUUUUAAACUUUUUGAACACAAAUAUCGAUAAGUAGUCAUAAUGUAUGUAUGAUUUAAAAAAAAAAUUCAGACAAUUUUAUUUAUUUAAAAGAAGACAUCAUUGUUUAUGUUGAUUAGAUUCAUAAAUCAAUCAAUAUAUUCAAGACUUAAAUAGCAGAAUAUGUAUAUAGUACUUAUGUUUCAUAUAAAAAUCAUAAUGAAGAAUAAUAAGUAUUGAAUAAUGUAAAAGGUAUCUGUUAUACAAAUGUUUCCAUUUAACGUACAUAUUUAGAUAUUUUAUUACUAAUUGAAUUAUAGUGAAUUUUUGAAUAUUUGAAUUUUUGGAUUUGUAAAUCAUUCCCAAUAUAUUGUAAAAGACGGAAAGAAUUUUUGACGAAUAGAUUUAAAUCAUAAUAAAAAGACUUAUUUACAUGCACAACUUGACUAUAAUAAUGAAAAUAGAAUAAAAUAUUUAUUG